AUGAACGUGGCUGUAGACGAAUUUGGGAAGCCCUUUGUUAUUCUCCGUGAACAGGAAAAGAAGCGGUUGACCGGGUUGGAUGCGCACAAAUCGAAUAUAUUAGCAGCUCGUGCCGUUGCUGACACUCUAAAGACCUCUCUUGGCCCAAAAGGAAUGGAUAAAAUUAUUGUUGGCCCUGAUGGUCAAGUAACUAUAACAAACGACGGAGCUACAGUACUACAGAAGAUGGAGAUUGAACACCAAUGUGCAAAGUUGCUUGUGGAUUUAUCAAAGAGUCAAGACGAGGAAGUUGGUGAUGGUACCACUGGUGUAGUUAUUUUAGCGGGUGCCUUACUGGACAAGGCGCUCAAAUUUCUAGACAGGGGCUUACAUCCUUUGCAUAUUGCCGAUGGGUUUGAGCAAGCAUGCUCUAUUGCCAUUUCAAAACUAAACGAAAUAUCUCAGGAAGGUGAUAUAUACAAGGACGAUUUCAAGUUGUUGAAACAAGCUGCAUACACAUCUCUUGGAUCGAAAGUUGUUUCUAGCUGUCAGGAUCACUUGGCUCAAAUUGCUGUGGAUGCGGUAAUGGCUGUGGUUGACAGAGAGAGAAAAGAUGUAAAUCUCGAGUUGAUAAAGAUGGAGAGUAAGACCGGUGGAAGAUUGGAGGAAACAUCUCUCAUUCAUGGUAUCGUAUUAAAUAAAGACUUAAGUCACUCACAAAUGAGAAAAACUACACAUGAUGCAAAAAUUGCCAUUUUAACUUGUCCGUUUGAGCCUCCCAAGCCAAAGACAAAGAAUAAAAUCGAGAUAAGAGAUGUGGAGAGUUUUAAGAAACUCCAAGAAUGUGAACAGAAAUAUUUUAGAGACAUGGUAGACACAGUUGAAAAGUCUGGAGCUAAUUUUGUAAUAUGCCAAUGGGGGUUUGAUGAUGAAGCAAAUCAUUUGUUAAUGCAAAGAGGAAUUCCAGCGGUUCGUUGGGUUGGGGGUGUCGAGAUGGAGUUGAUUGCUAUUGCAACUGGUGGUAAAAUUGUUGGAAGAUUUGAGGAUCUGACGUCAGACAAACUUGGCCACGCAAAGGUUGUCAAGGAGAUCGCCACUGGCACUGAUCAUUCUGAAAUCGUUCUUAUCGAAGGUUGCGCGAACACAAAGGCUGUUACCGUUUUGGUAAGAGGAGGCAACCAAAUGUCAGUAGCUGAGACGGAGCGCUGUAUCCACGAUGCAAUUUGUUGUGUAAGGAAUUUGGUCCGGGAUAGCCGAGUGUUGGCAGGGGGUGGCGCUCCUGAGAUUGCUGCCUCAAUUGCUGUUGAGGAGGCAUCAUUUAAAUUUAACACAUUGGAACAGUAUGCUAUUAAGGGUUUUGCGGAAGCGCUCCUGUCAUUGCCCCUGGCAUUGGCAGAUAAUUCUGGUUUGAAUUCGUUUGAGUUUGUAACAAAGGCUAGAGCAAGGCAGAUUAAAGAGAAUAAUUCCAGCAUAGGUAUAGAUUGUGUAAAUUUGGUAAUUGAUGAUUUAUCCAAUACUGGAAUUUUCGAGUCCCUUCAUUCUAAAAUUCAGCAAAUAUCACUAGCUACCCAGGUUGUGAAGAUGAUUUUAAAAAUUGAUGACGUUAUUGCUCCAAGCGAAUUUAAUUAA